AACAUUUCCACAACACGGAAGUGCGGUGCAGCGUUCAGUUUCUCCAGAAAUAAAUGUUUCUCUUUGCCACAGACUGCUAAAUUACAUCUAGCUCCAGUUAUGAAAGUGAAUGUCAGUAGCUUAAUGUAAGAGUGUAUAUUGCCAUUCAAGUGUUAAAGAAAAUUCACGGAUUUAACGAGUUUGGGACAUAUCUAAUCUGUUGAUGGUGUAUGUUUUCCAAAUGCUUUCCAUUAAUCAUCAGCACCAUGGAACCCACAGCUUCUGGAAUGUUCUGUAACAGAAUGCUUAGCAUGGUAAACUCUGAGGAUGUCAACGCCAUUAUCCAAGCCCAGAGGCACAUGCUGGACCGCUUUGAGAAGACCAAUGAGAUGCUGAUCAACUUCAAUGGACUUUCCAACGUGCGGCUGCAGCAGAUGAACGAACACUUCCUGCUUCACACGCGCACCCUGGUGGAGAUGAAGAAGGACUUGGACAGCAUCUUUAGGAGAAUCAGGACUUUAAAGGUUAAGAUCGCCAAGCAGUACCCAGAGGCCUUCAGCAACGUCCACGAGUCGCCGGUCCUGGAGGACGACGAGUUUGAUCCCAUCCCGCCCAGUGUCGCCACGAUGAUCGCCGCCACCAUGUCGGGGCAGAGCACCGAGUCAUGUGACACGAGCCCCGACGUCAUUUCCCCGAAUGUAAGCCGGUUUUCCGAAGACCUCUCCCAGGAGCAGGCUGACACGCCCACCUCUGACCAAGGCCUGCCUAGCCCUGAAACGGACAUGCUGAGGGACGAGGGCCCGGACUCAGUGCCUGCAGAGUAAGCCCAGGCUUAGGGCUCUACUCAGUACCUGAAGAGUAGAGCCUUUGUAACCCAGGCCUAGGGUUCUACUUAGUGCUGGCAGAGUAGAGCCUCCGUAACCCAGGCCUAGAGCUCUACUCAGUACCCGUAGAGUAGAUAGAAGCAGCAGCAGGUCAAUGUGAUUGAUUUGGCUUUUGGAGUUUUGACCAGUUAUCUGGUUUGUCGGUUCUGAAUCAGAAGCUGAUUUGAUGGUCAGGAUUUAAACCAGCACACUGACUACUGUUCACCUGUAACCGCCAAGACUGUGUCCAAAGAUCCCUUUUGUAGACACGCUUGUCCAUCACUCGCCACUAACAAUGAAGAAGAUACUUGAAUCUGUGUUCAAGUACUGAAUCCUUAAUUACUGACCACAGGAGGACUGCACCCAGCUAGUCAUUUGUUUGUGUUCACAGGAGUCUCUCAUUAAUAAUGGUUGAGCUUGGAAAUAUUCACUCAUUUAAAGAGGUAGUGAGCUUUGUUGGUCAUGGGUAAGCCUAUUGCAAGCCAGCUAAUCGCAAUAGUACGGCCUACCAAAAUAUGGUUAAAUUUUUUACUAACACACCUCAGUGUUAUUUACCCUAUUAAAACUAGAGCCUGACCGAUA